UGAAGAAAGGAAGAGCUUUCUUGAGCUAGAGCUGACUUCCCAUUUGCAGAGGAAAAUUGCAAAUGUGCAAAGUGUGAAUGAGGAACCAACGGCACAUGGUCACAAAGAGAGACUCAACCUAGAGAGGGUAAGAAGAAAAGCUACAUCAGGAAGUUCUGCUUCAGACGUGCCCACUCAGCACCAUGAUGUCUGGAAAGGGUAAAGGUGCUGCUGAAGGUAGUGCUGAUUCCUACAUUUCAUGCCACAUAGACUCUGAGUUUCGCUACAACCUCUUCACUGUUUUCUACAGCAUCAUUUUCAUUCUGGGCUUUGUUGCCAACUGCUAUGUGCUCUGGAUUUUCAGCCGUAUUUACCCAACCAAAAAACUCAAUGAAAUCAAGAUAUUCAUGGUGAACCUGACAGUAGCUGACCUGCUCUUCUUGGUUACGAUGCCAAUGUGGAUUGUUUACUAUCACCACCAUGGAGACUGGAUCAUGCCUGAGUUCCUCUGUAAUGUGGCUGGCUGUUUAUUUUUUGUUAACACCUACUCUUCUGUUGCCUUUCUGACGGUCAUCACAUACAACCGUUACCAAGCUGUGACUAAUCCCAUUAAAGCUGCUCAGUUUACCACCCAGAGAAGGGGUAUCUACUUAUCAGCAGCUAUCUGGAUCAUAAUAGUGGGCAGCUCUUUGUAUUACCUUUUUGACAAUAAUACUAAUCAGGAGGAGAUUGAUUCGAAGAAUUUCACACGGUGCUUUGAGCGCUAUAACUCUUCUAGCAGUGUUUCAGCUGUUCUCGCCAUUCAUGUCAUCAUCUGCAUCCUCUUCUAUAUAAUUUUCCUUUUUAUACUAGGCUGGAACAUCAUCAUUAUCAGGACACUGUUCUCCAAAUCAGUGCAGCCACGGAAGAGUGCUCAUGUCAAGCAAAGGGCACUCUGGAUGGUUUGCACAGUGCUGGCUGUGUUCAUCAUAAGCUUUGUACCUCAUCACAUAGUGCACCUGCCCUGGACCCUGACUGUUCUGGAGCAGUGGAAGAAGGAAAACUGUCAGUUGCGCCAACAACUCAACGAUGCUCAUCAGGUGACUUUGUGCCUCUUGAGUAUGAACUGUGUGUUGGACCCUAUCAUCUACUGCUUCCUCACCAAGAAGUUCCAAAAACAUCUUUCAGAAAACCUAAAAAGCAUGAAAGGGAGUCGCAAGUGCUCCAGGCAAACCACUGACACAGUGAUUGAGGGCACCAUUCACCAAGAGGAUGCCAUUAGGAUCUAGUUCAGCCCUGUUCUGACUGCAGAUUGAGAUGCGUGAAUUAGUCACCCAUCUUUUCUCAAGAAGAGGCACUGAGGCACACAACAGAGGACCAAGAUAUUACAGUUCCUUUUUUCUAUUAGACAGAAGAAUGGACACUCAUUUUUUCUAUCACAUGCAACUGGCAGAACAGGAACCUGCAGUAAUCUGGCAGAAAAACACCUUCUGUCUGGGCUGAUGUUCUCAUGGGCACUAAGAACAGCUCAGACGAUCUGCUUUUACAUGAAAGAAAUGUGUCACUGAGUCUCUGCAGUGCGCAGCUAGAAGCAAAGUGCACUGAAAUUAUCCAUUGUGUCAGCCCAGACAGCACCAUCCGUGGUCCUUUGCCUGCCCAGCUCCCACGAAGAAUCCAGUAUCACAGCUGUAAGAGACUUCUAAAAGACCUGGAAGAACAGACUGAGAUGCUAGUAUCAUCAAGUGACUUUUCUAAACAGUUUGCGUGGUUCUGUGAAGAGAGUCUGAGCUGAAGAAGCUCUUGAGUGGCUAGAAGGGACGUAAUCCAAGGAGUUCCUCAAAUGCCAUCCAAGAAGACAUCUGCGCCUCUGAUCCCUUCUUACCUACUCGCAUGGUCUGCCAGGGUCCAUACUCAACAGAUGUCUGGGUGUAGCUAUUAUAAACUUUUGCCUUUGCUCCCAGCUCUUGAAUCAGUCAAGUAACUGGACUAGUAGGCAAGAAAAUGAAGACAAAUUGGCAGUGCCUCAGUCCCCGUCCCCAGAUCAGCAUUAUGUCCAAAGGGGACUAUUGUCUGCCCUGACUUCUUUUAUGAUAGCAGAACUGGCAAACCAGCAGCCUCUUGCACUCAGUUUAGUAAUUCUUGGCUGACUGCAUGUGUCUGUGGAAAUCCAAUCUCACUUUGGAGGCUCCAGAUAACAGAAGAUUAUUGUCAGCAUGGGCAUUAUGAUAAGAAGAAAAAAAGCUUAAAACGCUUCAGUAUCUUUGUUCUUAUUUAUUUAAGUUAGGGUUGUAGCAAGCAACUGUACGUUAUUCCUUCCCCCAGCCUUUCUAUUUCUGCUAUGAAGAAAUUAAGCUGACUACUUCUUGAUAUCCUACCACAAGUGAAGUAUUAGGUCAGGUCAUGGCUACUUUCUGAGCAAAGCAGUGCUGCACAGUGAUACAGUACACUUGACAGACAUGUAAUUCAUGUACUCCCACGAGCCUGGAGACUCCUCACUCAGGGCUGGCUGCAGUCAGUUGGAGCCCAGGGCAAAGUGCUUUUCCAGGGGUGCUGAGUUCUGUUACCAAUCACGAGACACUCAAGGUUCCUUUUCUGACCCAAAUUGCUUAAUCCAGCACAGGAAAUUGGGCAGGGAAGGGAACUUACUUGUUUUCACAACAGUUUUUGGUUCCCUAAACUACAUAGGAGUGUCUGGUUGAUGACAGAAUAAGUGUAUCAUCUGACCUGUGACACCAAUUCUUCAUGUGCAAGGACAGCAGCCUUCCUACACCCACCAGAGAAUGUAAAAGAUAAGCUCAAGUCUUUCCAAAGAUAGGACCAAUGUCUGUAUCAGACUUUGCCUACAUUCAGUGGAGAUAUGGGUCCUUCAGCUUUUAUGUUUACUUGUGUGAAUGAGCAAAAGAACUAAGACAUUUCUUUUUCUGAUGCCAUCUGCCAGGGCCAGCCAUGCACUCCAGGCCCAGAGCCAGGCAAAGGAAAGAAUCUGAUCACAACGUGAAUGCAUUUCCCUCCUGGUCCUGGAUUCUGCUCUAGUAAUGGCCACCCAUAAAGAACAGCUGCUGGCACCUCUUAGCAGAGAGAUAAUUCCCUGACUAUGUCCCUCAGCCAUGUCCAAAGCCUUGCCCUGAAUCUGCAGUCAUCCAAGCCACAGCACACAGCAAGGGGGGCGAUUUCUGUAAUUUAAAAGCCUAAAUCCCGCUUGCUGGAGGAAUCUGCCUUUGUAUUGCUGCCCUCCCCAGAUGGCACGUUCUGGCCAAGGAGCUCCUGCAGCUGGCAGGUGGGGUGGAGCUUUCCUCUUUUCCCCUUGCCACCCAAUGGGUUAGCAGAGCUCUCUUGCUUCACAGCCCCUAAAGCACCGAACAGAUGAAGUCUGGCAACUCUUAGAGGAAAUGAAAAGAGAUUUUAUGUGGAGAUCUGGUAAAUGUGUGAUCUUCUUCUACUGAUUCCCGGAAAGCUUGCAACAGAAUUUACAGUUUAGGCUACCUACUGUGGGUAAAUAACAUGCUUUACUCCACAGAAAACAGCUGUAAGGCCAGUGUGGGCUCAAAGAACAAAUGUAAACGUGCAUCUAAGGAAAAGGGUAAGCAGAAGAAAAAGCCCAAAGGAUGCUUCAGGAGGAUACGUUGCAGUAAUUAAGUCAGUAACAAUGCAUUUCUAAAAACCAGUCUGAGCUUUUACUUCUGUUCCUGGAAUUACUUUCUCAGUUUUACCGCAAUGUUGCAUUACCCUGCUUUACUUUGCAAUAAAAUGGAUCCUCAAAAGUUCUUUUAAAUAAAGCAUGUUCCCCAA